UCCCUCUUCUAAACUUCCUUCUGCUUCAUUCUACCAUUCCGUCAAAGCCUAUUAAUUUCGAGCAAGGUCCUCUCCAUUUCCCCCCUACAAAUUAACCUCUUCCUCCUUGGAAGUAAUCAACUCUCAGAAGCAUCAAGAUUGAGCUUUGAUCCCAUGGCCACCGGAGUUUCGGUUGCCUCAAUCCCAAUAUGGUACUGUUUCCGCCGAAACAAUCUACUUACUCGAAAACCCAUCUCCCAAACAAGCACUCCCUGUUUUGUUUUGGCUUCAGCAAAGAAGAGACACUUGGUUAUGGAAAAGAGAACAGAGCAUGAAUUUACAGAGAAAAGCUUGAAACAAACAGAGAGAAGGAAUGUUAUAACUCCAAGAGUUGCAGAGAGAUUAGCAAGAAGGAAAUCGGAGAGAAAUACUUACCUUGUUGCUGCAAUCAUAUCCAGCCUGGGAGUCACUUCAGCUGCUGCCAUGGCUGUUUACUACAGAUUUUCUUGGCAAACAGAGAUUGGGGAGUUUCUUGUUCCAGAGAUGUUGGGCACAUUUUUGCUCUCUGUGGGCUCUGCUGUGGGGAUGGAGUUUUGGGCAAGGUGGGCGCACAGAGCUCUGUGGCAUGCCUCAUUAUGGCAGAUGCAUGAGUCUCACCAUCGACCUAGGGAUGGUCCUUUCGAGAUUAACGACGUGUUUGCUAUAAUCAAUGCUGCUCCUGCUAUUGCUCUUCUCUCUUACGGUUUCUGUACCAAGGGUCUUUUUCCUGGACUAUGUUUUGGUGCUGGGCUAGGGAUCACAGUUUUCGGGAUGGCAUACAUGUUUGUGCACGAUGGUCUCGUCCACCGUCGAUUUCCAGUCGGGCCAAUCGCAGACGUCCCUUAUUUACAAAGAGUUGCUGCCGCCCACCAGGUUCACCAUACAAACAUAUUGAAUGGAGUGCCAUAUGGGUUGUUCUUGGGACCUAAGGAAAUAGAAGAGGUUGGAGGCAUGGCAGAAUUAGAAAAGGAGAUCAAGCGGAGAAGCACCAAGAGUACUAUACCCAAAAGCUGACGUUAUUCGAAGUGAUUGCUUCAUUUCUCAAAACUCUUUAUAAAAAAGACCAAGUUAGGAAGCUUCAGACUCAGAGACUUCUCCAACUGUAAGAAUAGACGUGCAAGCAAAGUUCUUAAUUUCUUAGACCUUGAGUUCCUAUAAUUGGAAAGCACUUAGAGAGACGGCAACAUCUCAAGAAGACUGAAUGUGACAUUCAGAUAUAGAAUCUCUUGUUGCGUUCUCUAGUCUGAAAGUCUUGUACAACUCUCUCCCCGGCCACAGCCUUAUUCGCCAUUAGUUUAGAACUUUAGAUAUGUUAAAUAUUGGUUGUUUUAGGGGUUUUCAUUGUAAUUUUCUUUCUUCACUAAAAAGGAAAAUAAGAUUUCCAGCAGCUCCGCCCCUCAAAUUGUAUUUAUGUAUUGCAAGUUUGCAACAAAUAUAAAUAGUACAUGUCUUCUUCAAGAA